GGCUCGCUAUUGCUGCUCGCUCCAGCUGAGCCCUGAGUAGCAGCAGGACCAGGGCAGGGACUGACUCCAGUCCUUGGACUUAGGACACCGCAGCACCUUCCCUUACGUGCGUGACUCAUUCGCAUAUAAUUUCUGUUUAUGCCUGGGGUGGGGAGAAAAAUCCCAAACCAGAUAGGAUUUAUUCACUGUGGUCCAUGGCUGUUAAGAUGAUCUGCUCAGAUGAUUGGUGUUCCUGUGAGCUUUGUUGUUUUUCUGAAGCGGGUUGUUCCUGGAUGACUGCAUGUAUUUUUUAUUUGGUGGAACAGGCCGUGUAAAUGAGUAUGGAAGAUUAUGAUUUCCUGUUCAAAAUUGUUUUAAUUGGCAACGCUGGAGUGGGAAAGACGUGCCUAGUCCGACGAUUCACUCAGGGUCUUUUCCCCCCAGGUCAAGGAGCCACAAUUGGAGUUGAUUUUAUGAUUAAGACAGUGGAGAUUAAUGGUGAAAAAGUAAAGUUACAGAUCUGGGACACUGCGGGUCAAGAGAGAUUUCGUUCAAUCACCCAAAGUUACUACCGCAGUGCCAAUGCCUUGAUCCUUACCUAUGACAUCACCUGUGAGGAAUCCUUCCGUUGCCUUCCUGAGUGGUUGCGAGAGAUAGAACAGUAUGCUAGCAAUAAGGUCAUCACUGUGUUAGUGGGCAACAAGAUUGACUUGGCUGAAAGGAGAGAGGUCUCCCAGCAAAGGGCAGAAGAAUUCUCAGAGGCUCAGGACAUGUAUUACCUGGAGACAUCAGCCAAGGAAUCUGAUAAUGUGGAGAAACUCUUCCUUGACUUAGCAUGCCGACUCAUCAGUGAAGCAAGACAGAACACACUGGUGAACAAUGUAUCGUCACCCUUACCCGGAGAGGGGAAAAGCAUCAGCUAUUUGACUUGUUGUAAUUUCAACUAAAUGCUGAGGCAAAGAGAAUCAAAGGGAAUCAGUAGUUGCCUUGGUGGGCCGUAUGUUGCUAGGGAAUCUGGCAAUGACUAUGGCUCCCGCUCUUGGACCUUCUGACUCCUGUAGGCUCCAGAGCUUACAAAGCAUGCAGGCCAAGGGCCUCAACUGCAGGUCAGCAUUAGCAGAACACAUAAUGGUUUCACCCUUUUGCAGUCUGGCAUUGGAGCAAGGAGAAAAUUGCACUAAGUGCUCCAUGAUCUGCAGAGCAUGUUGCUUUUGUUUUUAAAAAAGCAAGUAAAAGUGCAUUCCUGAACACAGUGCAGGGGAUCAUGUACUGUAUGUAGGGAUCCCUCCUGUGUAUCAGCGGGUGCAUGUGGGGCUGUUCUUUAGGCUUCAGUGGUAAUCUGGUGCCCAUGGUUUUCUUGUCUACCAGGUAAACCAAAACUGGAAAGGCCAAUACUGUCUCUGUGGUACUUACUGAUAACCCCAUGGAGAUUUUGAAAAGUGUUAUUUCUUUUGUCCACAAGCACUUUCAAAACCUUUGGGAUGUAAAAAUGAAAACUCUUCUCAUGACCAACAGUAAAAAUUGUUUAAUAACAUAUACAAGCUCCAUGACUCCUUUUGGUGCUAAUGAUUAUGAUAUUUCACAGACCAAACAUUUUACUACACUGAUACCCUUAGAUGUAUUAUCUAGAAAUAAGAAAAUGGGGGACGUCCAUGAAUCAGCGGUCUUUUUCAAAGCUUCAUACCACCUUUUCUAGGAUGGGUUUGGACAUGAGAAUCUUUUUCUUUUUUCUUUUUUUUUUUCAUAUUUUCCUCAAAAUUUCUUAACUGUCUUCUUUCACACCUUUCCUGCCCUUUAAGUAAAUCAAAGUCUGAAAAAAAGGGAUACAAUGGAUGAUGACAUUAUAAUAAAAAAGAUUCAUUGUAAGACAUUUUGAGCAGCACGAGAAAACAGAGCAGAUAUGACCAAAAUACUGUGGAAUAUGGACUGACUGCAGAGCAGGGUUCUAGACAGAGCACAGUCCUUGAUAACAAGUCACACCUUUUCCUUUCUGGAACUGUCCUUGGACAGACCAAGGCUUAGGAUUUUGUAGACAUUUUUAGUAUGAUAAGUGAGAAUAGCAACAGAUGAAAAGUUUCACAAAUCAUUUUUGUAUCUUCAAUAGACUUAGGAAAGUCCUGCGAGUUUUCCUUAACCAUCUUAUAUUAAUGUCAAUCUCAGAUUCAUGACCAUACAUUCUUUUCCUUUUAUCUUUUCAUUCCCCUGGUCUCACCUUACAAGUUUCCUUUUCCCACUCCUUUGCCUUCCUUCCCGUCCUGGUAUGCAUGUGUUACUGCCUAUCUCCAAUUCCAAUGGAGAUAUAUAUGCCUUUACUUAGCCAAUUUAAAAACAGGUCUUAAAUUGGAAGACAUGCUGCUGACUGAGUUCCUGGUUCUUCAGUGCCAUGAUUUGAUACCUUCCAAUUUGUUCACUCUCAUGAAUGCAAAUUGUGACAUUGUAAUUAAAUCUGUAUGCCGUGGGUGCUGUCAGGUAUUUCUGUGGCUUUCUGUAUAGCAUAACUGAGUGAUGAAUCAUUGAAUGAGGAUAUGACGUGUAAUUGGUAUUGAUGGUAACAUUCUUGGACCUGCCAUGUCAUUCCUGGAAGCUACUGAAUUGUAAAGCAGUGAGUCAACACAGCAGGAUAUUGAUGAUAUAUUUCUAGCGUUCCUCUAGUAGAUUCUAUAAUUCCCAUCUCCUUCACAUGGAACUGUGUGUAUUAUUACCCGUCAUUGGUAUUGAAAUUGGCUCAUUAUGCUUUUCUUCAUCCUGUAAGAAAGAGACAGGCUUCUUAAAAGUUUGAACUGCCUUUUAUUUUACAGGAAGGGGAAAAAUCACUUUAAUUGAAAAUAAAAAUCAUUUGUAAUUACCUUGACUUUCCUAUUAAGUCAGCAUCCAAAGGCAUCAAAAGAAAAACUAAUCAAGGUUACAGAAGAAUUUAUCUUUCUCCUGAGAGAAUGUCCCUAAAUUUAGAUUUAUUACUUUUCCUUACCACAAAGUUCUGAUCUCCUCAGCAUAUGAUGACUCAGCCUUGUCUCACAGCAGUGUUAAAAAUAACCUUGCUUUGUGAACUUUAAGGGCUUUGUUAGAAAGGACUAAUUUAGUUCCAGAAUAACAGCUUCUGGGGUCACAUUUAUGUUAUGUUUUAUUCCUUAGGCUUACAGCACCCUCAUCUGUCCCUUCAGGUUAAGAAGCAGCUUUGGAGCUCUACUCCAGGUCCCUCUUCCCCUGGGUCUCUGAGACAUUCAGUAGACCAUAGGUAUCGAUCCUUGGUCCAUUAGUGUGGACACAUGAGAAGCUGAGCCCUUACAUUCCAUAGUUCUGUGAAUUUCAGAUUAGGCCUUUGAAUAUUUGUCCAGUGAUGUAUCUCAAAAUUGAGAACAAUCCUUGACAAUAUUAUAGGUGCAAUAAAUACCAGUUGAUUAAAUGAUUCA